UAUUUAUAUAUAACAUCCUAAAGGAAACAAGAAACCAAUUUGCCUCCAACAUACUCCAAAGAAUUUGGAGAAAAAAUAAACAAACUUCCAUCUCUUUGCUUUCUUUGUAUCUUCUCAUUAUUUUCCUUCAUGGACCGUUCUCUCUUACCUAGCUUCCUCUACUCCUCUACCUCAUCGCCGCAUAAGAAAAUCGUGGAGAAUGUCUCCACCUAUCACCAUGCUGCGGCGGAAUCCUCCAAGUUUAUGAUUCCUUCUCCCAGCGAAACUGGGAGAAGGAACAUUAAGAUGUUCUCUCGCGAUUACUAUCUUGCUUGCGCCGUUGGUGGAAGCAUAUGUUGUGGCUUCACUCACAUGGCAGUUACACCUCUUGAUCUUGUCAAAUGUAACAUGCAGAUUGAUCCUGCAAAGUACAAGAGCAUUUCGUCUGGAUUUGGAGUGAUGCUAAAGGAACAAGGGUUUAGAGGGUUCUUCAGAGGAUGGGCACCUACAUUUAUUGGUUAUAGUGCACAAGGAGCUUUCAAAUAUGGAUUCUAUGAGUAUUUCAAAAAGUACUAUUCAGAUGUUGUUGGUCCAGAAUAUGCUACAAAGUACAAGACAUUGAUUUACCUUGCUGGAGCAGCUUCUUCUGAGGUUAUUGCUGAUGUUGCACUUUGUCCGUUUGAAGCUAUUAAGGUUAGAGUUCAAACUCAACCCGGUUUUGCUAGAGGCCUUUCUGAUGGUUUACCCAAAUUGAUCCGAUCCGAAGGAGUUUCAGGGUUGUACAAGGGAGUUGUGCCACUUUGGGGAAGACAGGUUCCAUAUACAAUGAUGAAGUUUGCUUCUUAUGAAAACAUUGUUGAGAUGAUAUACAAGCAUGCCAUCCCCACACCAAAGGAAGAUUGCACCAAAACGCUACAACUUGGUGUGAGUGUUGUGGGUGGAUAUUUAGCUGGAAUAUUGUGCGCGGUUGUGUCUCAUCCCGCAGAUAAUCUUGUAUCUUUCCUAAACAGUUCUAAAGGGGCAACGGCUGCUGAUGCGGUAAAGAAGUUGGGAUUAUGGGGUAUGUGUACCCGUGGUCUCCCUCUUCGUAUUCUUAUGGUGGGAACUCUAACUGGUGCUCAAUGGGGAAUUUAUGAUGCAUUCAAAGUUUCCGUGGGACUGCCAACCACUGGUGGUGUUGCUCCUGCUCCAACUUCUACUUCUUAGCUCUGCAAAGGUGUAAAAUGUCCAAUGCAGCACCAAGAUAUAACACUUUAAAGUUUGCUUCUUAAACUAUAGGAAAACUAAGGAAAAGAGAGCUUAAAUAAACUAAGGAUUGCAGAGGCUAAUGGGAAUUUUGUAUUGAAUAAUUUGUUAGAAUAUUCUUUUGUAGUUAUAGCUUUCUAUAGUUAUGAUUUGGAAGGUUUUGCAGAAUUUAUGUAUAUCGUGUAAUAAGAGUAUGUGCAACUCAAUUUUUCAUAUAUAAAAAUACUGCAAUAACUCGAUUAUGGAUGGAUGUGACCCAUGCUAAAUGAUAAUAACAUUUGAAGAACUUUAUGUGCUACAUUACAGCUGGAAACUAAGGGUGUUCAAAUAAUCACAUAAGUUUAUAUGAUGCAUUAACUCAAAGAUGGAAACAGAAGAGAAAGCCAUGAACAAUGUAUUUUCAAUCACUUUCAAACAUUAUUAUUACUGUCCAAAUGGAGUUUGUGAAAGACAUGUCAUCAGGAAUCACCUAACCUAGCACCAAUCCAUAUUCAAGCCCAUUAUCUUAGCCAAGAAAAAGGAUGUUCUUUGGCUUUUUGUGUGGAUUAUCAUACUUUAAAUAAAUCCAACAUCCUAGAUAAGUAUUCAACCCCAGUAACUGAAGAGCUGUGAUUG